GACUUCCUCUUCAGCCUGUUGAUUACCUUCUCGUGGGUUCAGGUCAGCUUGUACGUUCUGCACUACGCAUCACCAUGGGUGCAGCACAUCUCGCGUGUGGGCUGCGCAGCUGUUCUAUGGAUUCCUGCCUGCAUCCCCAUGGGCAUCGAAUGGUUCAGCUUCCAAAUCGUGAUGUCUCUCACGGACCAUGACAGUUUGCUGCCCCUGAUACCCUUUCUGCUGUGGACUGGGUUGCACGUGUUGCUUACCCGCUUUUCAGAUGGACCUGCAGGAUAUGUACAGUCUGCUAAGUCCGACGAUUCAGAGCCAUCCUUCGAAGAAGGGGUGCCAGAAAUCGUAAUUGACGAGCAGAGCACUGCAGACUCCAUCUCCGUUUUCUCAACCUGA